AUGGAAUUGUUUCAUGCCGUCACUCAAUCCAUCGGCAACGUUUUGACCUGCGACUACUUCGACUCGUUCAAGGGAUUCAAGAAGAUGGACGGCAGCAACCAGAAUCAAGACAAGACAAUGGACACGGCGCCGGGAGGAGAGACUCCUCAGUAUGAGUCGAUCAAGACCGAGACUGUGCCUGCCUCGAAACAACGAGGCCAACUGGGUGGCGGGCCCAACACGUCCGAGGGGGUUCCAGCGGACCAAGAACGGGGCCAGAAGACCGCGGAGAAUAUAAGGUACGGGCAGAACAUUUCAGAGUCCGGGAUGGGUGGCAAGACGACUUCACAGACCGGCGAAGCUGGGCCGCAGGCUGGAUAUGGAGGUGCGCCAGAUAAGUCCGACAACCAAAAGGACACCCGGACGGAGCAGAGGUAUGGCGAGGGAACUGGCAUUGGAGCAUGA